AAAUGAUGCCGUUGUGAUUUCUGGAAGGAAGCUGGCCCGGCAGAUCAGACAGGAAGCCCGUCACGAGGUUGAGCAGUGGGUAGCGGCUGGAAACAAGAGACCUCACCUCAGCGUUGUUCUCGUCGGUGAAAAUCCAGCGAGUCACUCCUACGUACUGAACAAAACCAAAGCGGCUGCUGACGUCGGAAUCAGCAGCGAAACCAUCCUCAGGCCGGCUUCUGUUACUGAAGAGGAGCUACUGGAUUUGAUCAGCAAACUCAAUAACGAUGCCAAUGUGGAUGGCCUGUUAGUACAGCUUCCUUUACCCGAACAUAUUGAUGAACGCAAGAUUUGCAACGCUGUGACUCCAGACAAAGACGUUGAUGGCUUUCAUGUGAUAAACGUGGGGCGCAUGUGCCUCGACCAGUACUCCAUGCUGCCGGCUACCCCCUGGGGGGUGUGGGAGAUCAUUAAGAGAACUGGCAUCCCAACGCUGGGGAAGAACGUGGUGGUGGCUGGCAGGUCAAAGAACGUGGGCAUGCCCAUCGCCAUGUUGCUGCAUACGGACGGCAGGCACGAGCGCCCGGGAGGCGAUGCCACAGUCACCAUAUCCCACCGCUACACCCCCAAGGAGCAGCUGAAGCAACACACAAUCCGUGCCGAUAUCGUGGUAGCGGCAGCAGGCAUACCCAAUCUGAUCACGGCCGACAUGAUCAAAGAAGGAGCUGCAGUUAUUGACGUGGGGAUAACGAGAGUGCAGGAUCCCGUCACUGCCAAAUCGAGGCUGGUUGGGGACGUGGAUUUUGAAGGGGUGAAGAAGAAAGCCAGCUACAUCACUCCGGUCCCUGGGGGAGUUGGGCCCAUGACAGUCGCCAUGCUGAUGAAGAACACCAUCAUUGCUGCCAAGAAGCUGUUGAAACCCAAAGAGCUGGAAGCGUUAACUGCUUAACGUGGGACACUCUCUCUCUAGCACUGAAAACGACAUUCCAAACUGACUCCCAAACAGGCCGAUAGAAAAUGCAAUAUUUUUAUUUAUUGUAUUGGAAGUGGAAUUUCCUAUUCUGAGGUCAUAGGUACUUACUUGAAGCUGAAGCAUAUGCACAUUAGUUGUACUAAGGUGUAAGCAUCUACACUCCUGGCCUACUCAUGCUAGCAAAGCUGCUUUAUAUUUAAGCUAGCUCUUCUAGGAAGCCG